CGAUCUAAAAACAGUAACUAGUUAAGAAUAUUAUGGUGCUUUGUUGCUUAUUAUUGAAUCAUAAAUAUUAUAUUUAAAUUGGUUCCGAUUCAAAAAUGCCCAGAAAUAAAUAUAAAAAUUAUUAUUGUGCGAACUGUGAUGUAUCGACAAUACCGCGGCAGACGUUAUUCUCUCGCUGCUAUCGAAAGAAACAAUUGUUUAUUGCCAAAUCAAUACAAGAAAAUCUGACAGCACAAUUUGCUUGCUCGAUAAACCAACAAAACAACAAUCAACAAAAUUUGCCAUCCACGUCCGUCUUUUACAUUUGUCUCAAAUGCGUAGUCCGUUAAGAGAUGAUGCAAAUAAAAGUGAUGUCGAGGACAAUAACAUAAGUGAUGAUAACUUAAUGACUAGUAAUGUGCCAUGUGAUGACAAGGAGGCAUUAUCGAAUAAUAAUACAAUACAAAACAAUCAGGUAUAUGAAGACGACUUGUCAAAUAUCCAAGAAUGGAACUGGAACGAUGUGGGAUAUAUUAACGAUUUUGAUGACGAGGCAGUUGAAAAUAUCACGCAUACUGGAACAAGUGAACCGGAAUACCAUGAUCCGAAUUUGAAUGACACUUUGUGUUCUUGUACCACUACUACACGAGGAGAAACCAUACUUAUAUGUAUGAGAAUGGCGAUGCGAUUCUGCCUUCCUUGGAACGCUGUUGUUUGCAUGUUACAAGCUAUAAAUAUUAUUUUAAAAAAAAAAACCUUUUGCCUAAUAGUAAAUAUCAAUUACUACAGUACUUCCCUACGCAAUCACAUAAUUUUAAGUAUCAUGUUUAUUAUCCGAAUUGCAAGAAGUAUGCGGAUGAACGAUCACGUAUGGAAGAUUUUAUUUGCGAGUGCGGAAUUCACACUAAAAUUUCAGAAACAAAAUCUUUUUUUUUGGAACUAGAUUUAAAAAAUCAAUUACGAAACUUAUUACAACAGUCACACAUAAUAAAAGGCUUGGAGGAAGUAUUUAAUAGACGUAGAUACGACGAUGGCACCAUUAAUGAUAUAUUUG